CAUUGAUUUAGACAGCUGUCAUUGUCUGGCAGUCUCUCUACACACCAGUCAUCUCAAGAUACUGCAAGAUCACCAAUAAUACUCCACCAUGAGUCACAUCUUCUUCCUGAUAUGUUGCCUUGCAACUCUGAGCACACCGCUCCGUGGAGCUCCGAUAGAUGACCAAAUUGACUCUGGUGAUGGUGAACAUUCAGCUGAUGGUGUUUUAAAGUCUCCUGGUAGCAGUACUUUAGUCAGUGUUACUGAGGCUGACAGAACAACUGAGGACAGCAGCCUGUUGAAUAUGCAGUCACUUAAAGCUGCCCUGAAAACUCCUGACCCAUAUCCAUCCACUAGUCCAACCCCCACCACCACACCUCCUGAUGAUUCUUUCUUCAAGGAGGAAUGUCUCCAGGUGUUUUUCGUGUCAGGUGGACUGAUCAUACUCUGUGCCAUUCUGCUCAUCUCCACCUUGAUAUUGGCCUGGAAGGUGUGCAGCUUAAACAGACGCAUCAAGGAGCUCAGCAACAACAGGGACCUGGUCUGCACCUCAGAGUACUGGAUGGAGGCAGGCAAGGACAAAAACAAGUCAGAGACACAGCCUAGUGAGACCACUGUGUUAAUGUCCGAUCUGAGUCAAAACAAGGAGGAGACAGGUAACGGCACCACCAAGGAAGAAGGGGAGAAGGCGAAAAAGGACGAACAAACGGGGGAGGAGAGCAAGAGCAAGGAGGAUGGGGCUCCAACAAAGAGCGAGGAAGCUGCUGCUACACCUGCACCCGUCUCGGAGAGUUCAACCUCCUCAAAGCCACAAGAGGAGGCCGGACAGUCAAAGGCCGCUGACACUGCAGCAGCCGCCUCCUCUGAGGGUACAGGGGAGGCAAAGGAUGUGGUGUAGAGAGAAAGAGAGUCUGUGUGUGAGGCCAAAGAGCUUCCUGAGCAAUUGCCUUCACUUCCUGAAAGUCUAUUUUAACGCCUUUACUGUAAAUAAAUAACAUGUUUCUCUGAAAGCUGUGCUUUAAAGUAAGUCUAAAAUCUGUGUUGUACUUAGUCUGUGAAACUAAAGCCUGAUUUAUACUUCUGCAUCAAAUCCACGCCCCAGCACUGACUGUCUGGUAUGUGUAGCCCUAAGCAGAAGAUUCUGUCAAUAGCCUGAUGUGCACCUAUAAAAAUGAACCAUGCCGACUGUCAGCUCUGUGAAUGGUCUGACAGGGAGCAUCCUGUGACCAGGGUUAAAAAGAGUUCAAAAAUAUUGUAUCUAAGUAAGAGCACAGCUACUUUGAUUUAAAUUUAGUUAAGUAGAAGUAAGAUUCUUGCUCUGUAAAGCUUCUCAACUUAAAUAAAAAAAAAAGAAUUUAAUGUUUACACAAAAAAACUGAGUAGUUCUUUUUCAUACCAGAGGGAGUUAACGAGUAAAAUAAGAUUUUCUC